AUGUCCUCUUACUCGAUCCCACUCUCCCUCCUCAUGCUGCUCCUGCCCCGCUCCUCCUUUGCCCAAUCUUUUGUCGGCGGCACCUCUCCCUUGUCUUCUGCCCCCUAUGGUCUCCCGGCUGCUCCCUUUCUCGAGACCAUCAGGGGAUUCAACUCCAUCUCCAACGCCUCAUUUCCCAUCACGGGGUACAACCUCUCCAUCCCCGCCGGGGCAGCAGAUGGCACCGCCUCCCGGGUGCAAGGCUGGGCGUUGGAGAUAGGAAUCACCCCUGAUGUUUCCCUUUCCGGUGUGGCGUCUACCCUAUCCGACAAAAAGAAGCAGUUCAUGACGACCACGACGCUCAAAAUCAUCCCGCCUGACGAGGGGCUAGUUCCGGGGUAUAAUGCCAGCACCUGGAGGGUUUGCGCCAUGGUGUUCACGGGCGGGUUGGUUCAGGGGACGGGGAAUACGAGUAAGAUUCUGAAAGAUGGUGGUGAUGGGGGGUGUGAGCAGAUGCUGCCGAGUGAUUGCAUCAAUCAGUUACAGGUGAAUGGGUUGGCGGGGAACGGGGGGAAGGAAGGAGGUUGUAGUGAUGUGAGUGUGCCCGCGGUUUGUCAGGAGUAUUUCAGGUUGGUGGGGGUGGAGGGCGAUAGUCCUCGGAUGGUAGAGAUUACGCCGAUUAGCAAGAAUGAGAACGGCGGGAACCCGCUGGCUGCGGAUAGGAGCUCAUUGUUUUUCGCGGCUGGGUCGAGCCCAACAGAGAAGGGGAAUAGCUCGUCGAUUCGGGAGGCUGAGCACAUGAUCUGGCCGGUGCUGAUGACUUGGACGCACUUUGCGGAGAGCGGCGAGGUUCAUGACAGUUCGGGAUCGUUGAGCUGUGUCCAGGCCAAGCAGACAGUCAAUGAAGAGGCUAGCUCUGAGGCCGGGCAAAGAAAGACGUCGAAGUUGGUGUUGGCCAUGGGCCUGGGUGUUGUUGGGGUUUUUGUUGUUGGUUGA